AUGCAUCGUAGAAGGUUGUUCAGCCUAUUUAUCAACGGAGAACAACAUCCCGGUUGGAUUCGGAAGACAGCAGCAUACCCAUCCAAACAAAUAAUGAAUUCUAUCACCAAGCGAUGCGCAGAAGAAGUUAAACCCAUCCCGUCCAUCUUUACAGAAGAGCUCAACUCCCUUCGAGAUGCCCAGUGGGACGACACCAGCAAAGAGGUCAUCGAGAACUUGCCAACCUUCAACACUGCAAAAUCAUCGCUGUACAGAGCCCGCCGGAAACAGACACCCCCACUCCCAAAAACACUUACAGACAUCAGACUGGAAGGAAAAUGGACAGAGACAGAGACUGGUCAACAAUUCCUACUCCUAGACGACACAUUCCAGAACACCAGAACCAUCACCUUUGCAACUACUGACAACCUUAGAGACCUUGCAGCAUCCGAGACCUUCUUCUGUGAUGGUACAUUUUACACCUGUCCCAGCCUCUUCCAACAAAUCUUCAGCAUCCAUGUGCGGAUUGACGAUGUGAUGACACCAGUUGUUUACGCCCUCUUACCCGGCAAGAGUCAAGCGAUCUACACCAGAUUCUUCUCAACUCUGCUAGAAAAAAUCAACGACCUUGGACUACAGUUUUGUCCUACCAACGCCCUCGCUGACUUCGAGACAGCUAUCCACAAUUCCAUUCGACAAGUGUUUCCUGGAGUCAACACAAAGGGCUGCUUCUUCCACUUCACACAGGCGGUAUGGCGAAGAGCGCAACAGACUGGAUUACAGAUUCCGUACAAAGAGAAUGACGACGUCAAGACAUUGGUUCGAAGAGCAGCUGUUCUGCCUCUAGUUCCCCUCGACUGCAUAGAAGAUGUAUGGUUUACAGCCCUGGAAGACCGAGAUGAAGCUGACCUUACAGAGCUGACACAAAACUUUACAGACUAUGUGACAGAGCAGUGGGUGAAUGGUGACCGACUUUUGUGGAACCAUUUCGGCACGGACGGACCGAGAACGAACAACAGUCUGGAAGGAUGGCACAGCAAGAUAAAGAGAAUGGUUCAGCAUGCUCACCCCAACAUAUUUACAGUGAUCAAGUUGUUCAAAGACAUUCAGAAUGCCAAUGAAAUCUUACAGAGACAAGUCGGCGGAACCAUCAGACCAUCAUAUUUGUAA